CUUGAUCUUGACCAACACGUUUGGAUCCAAGGGGGGAAAAAAACUCUUAAACUAAACACAGAUUUUAAAUUAUAAGCGAGAGGGUUUCAUCUCCAAUCUCUUCUGCCAAGCCUGGAUAUCUGAACCCGGCACACUUUUCUGGGAUUUCUUUUUCCUUUUUUUUUUUUUUUUUUUUUACAAUAUUUAUUUUGAUUUUUUUCCCACUCUUGGGAUUUAAACUGCGCCCAGUCGGUGUGGUCGCCCCCUCCUUCCCAGAGAGGGUGUAAAGUAAAAGCUGGUCCGGAGAUGCGGUCCCUUCUCCCGCUUACUGUGUAUUGCAUCAGCCUGGUUUCCCUCCAGCAGCUGCUGGCUCUGCCGGCUGAGGAGCGUCCCGGCAGGAGCAGGCUGGACCUCCUCAACAAGCUCAUCGACCAGAGAGAAGAUACAGCCUUGGCUUCAGGAGGCCAGACUAACAUUGCUGUCCCCUCCUCAGCCCCCAGCCAAUCCCCAAAAUGGCUGCCCGGUUUCCUCAGACACCCACCGGCCUCAGGAGUGAGAACAGCUUCUCCCAGCCUAGCGUGGGCACGGCCCACUGAGGCUUCGCAGAUUGAGCGGAGUGCGCUGAGAGCUCGUCGCCAUGCCCACUCAGGAUCGCGAGGGGGUCACCACUACCCCCAUCAUGCCCAGCUGAUGAGAGUAGGUUGCGUCCUGGGAACCUGCCAAGUGCAGAACCUCAGCCACCGGCUCUAUCAGCUCAUUGGCCAGAGCGGCAGAGAAGAUUCAUCCCCCAUCAACCCUAGGAGCCCCCAUAGUUACGGAUGAGUUAGUUGACUCCUCCAAACACCCCCAGCAAGUCUAUCUAUAUCUCCAGUUAUUUAUCUUUAACGUAUUACUGAUAGUCAUUGCAUUAGAUUUUGAUGUAGUCCAUAACUUUUGUUUAUCUAUCUCAUAAUGACAAUUAUACUCUGUUGUGCCUCUCUACUUUUUGUGCUGAUAAACGAAUUUGAGGAAAAGAAUUCAAAUUCAAGAUCAUGACCCCCCUUGAGUUCUCUCACCACCCUGAGAACACUUGCCUUUUGAAGGAUGGUCAGCUCUCCUCAACAUCUUUCCUGAACACUCAAAAGAAGCCAAGAAGCCUCUGUUUGACGUCUUAAUCCUGUUAAUGUAAGAAUGACGGCUUGUCUUCAACACCAUCCAAUGGCCCGGUCCUGUCUGCCAACUGACCUGCCCAGCAGUGGUUAUCCCUCGGCUCAUUGAUCAAACACUUAAGCCCCUAAUGUGGAUUUCAACUUGCACUCAGUGCUGGAGCCCUGUCAAAACCAAUGUAUCCCCAAAGACCUUGUGAAAUGACCCAAUGAACCCUUUUACCUCUUUUUUUGCCCCUUUUUUUAUCCUUCACUACACCCCUGUUUUUGGAACUCCCAGAUCAUUUUACAACUGCAUAGACAAUGUCAAUAUGAACACUGACAUCCCUGGAAGAGUUCACAAGUUUUCAGUUGAUACUAGGAAUUUAUUCCACGUUGGUCCAAGAAUGUCACACAGCAGGACUUAAUGUUUCAGGACCACAGUUUACAUUUGAAACUCGCCACGGUACUUGAGUUACAGAGUUUAAAAGCAGUCUGAGUCAGGAUUUAACCACAUAAACUGUGCUGAAAAAAGAAGAGGGUCAUCACCCAGUGCCUUGAAAGGAAUCUACACAGAAACUGAGUUCACAAAGGAUCAGUUUCAAUGUUGCAUUAUAGUGGCUGGUUGGCUGACACAGUAGGUGGCAAAGUGAACCUUGGAGCCAUGGAUCAGUGCUCCGUCACACUGCUGCAGGCAUUUUCCUCCCCGGAGGCCUAGUAUGAAAUAUUAGCCCUUUCACGUGAUUCAUAAGUUCUCCCUGCAAGUCAGGACUUUGGGUUGACAGCACUUUAAUAAACCUGACCUAAUCACUUCAGUCAUAUGUACCACCACAACAGGGGAUGGGGGGCCCUGAGCCUCCCAUGGUCUUCACACUCAACACAAAUACAUAAAUAUAAAGAGCAAGGCAUAUGGCACACAUGCAACCUUGAAGUUUGCAGAUAUUGAAGGGGCCAGUUCAACAAAAUUACAAUAAAACGUAUUUCCCAUAUUUUCACAGAUUUUUGCAGAUUUUACGAGUAAGCUGAUAUCUUAUUUUGGUCAGAGAUGUUGCUGUUGACUUAAAAAAUAAUUAAAUGCUGUGAGCACCAUGGAAAUUCCAGUCACUUCCAUGUUCUCCAAUAUGUUGGAGUGGAGGCAGAAAUCUAAAAGACAGAAAUUCCAAUACUGGUUUUAUUUUAUUGCCUUGGGCAAAUAAAACCAAAAGUAAGUUUGCAUAGCAAGAUAGACUCAGGGCACCUAAGAAAUGUUUUUUGUAAUUUGGGUGAACUGACUGUACUUCGUAUCCAAAAAGAAAAAAGCUAGGGGCCAAUCAAGGGAUUUUGGAGAACCUGUUUUCAAAAAGAGAAACACUCUUAAGGGUGUCUCAUAGUGUUGCCUUUGCAUGUCAUGGAUUACAGUGAAAAAAAAAGUCAACUGUUCCUUAGAUUUUCUAUAGGCAAUACUUGACAACAUCUUGUACUAUACACGAAAUUCUGUUGGCAGCAACGGGCACCCCUGUAGUUCACAUGUAGUAUGUUAAAUGGGUUUAAAUUAGUCUUGAGGCCAAAAGCACUACUGUUACAUUGCGGGUUUCCAAUGAGAGACCACAGGGACCAAAAUUAUAGGUGUAUGAGUGCCCAAUUUCAAAUAUGUACACAAAAAAUAGAGUAGCAUCAAAAAUACAUGCCCUGACAUUUCCCUUUCUCUAUUUAUGUCCGUCUCUGAAAUGGUGGGUGGAUGAUGGACUGAGAAUAACUGAGGUCAGGCUUUCCUCAUCAAGCAUGCUAAAAUCUCUCCAAACAAUGCAACCAUAUCUAUAAAACCCACAUUUCUGCAGAGAAACAUAAUUACAAUAUAUACUAUUUACAUAGUUGUAAACAUCUAUUCCAAGCCUUUACUAUAUUGUAGCCUGAUCUUAACAUGCAGAGGGUUUCAUUGUAGGAAUACAGGCCAAACUGUCGGCCCACUUUCUGAUUUCAUUUAGAUUUAAUUAAUUAUUUUUUCAAUCACAGGAGUAUCUAUUUUAGGCUUUGUUGCUCUGUAUAUCAGUUCACAAACAUAAAAAUUUGGUAUUCCUAAAAUAGAGCAUUAGUCGAAACUCACCAAAUACCUGGCAAUACUUGACAAAUCGAAUUAUUUUACAGUAUGUGAUCUACAUCAUAUAAUAAUGUGUUCUUUUAUAUCUUAAUCUGUGUAUCUCUGAUUUUUUCUUUGUAUCUUUUGCUUAAUUCUUUUUCUUUUUUAUAUUUAGUCUCUCUGCCUCAUCCUGUCUCUCACCCAGAGGUCACAGGGUAAUAAUCGGUGGUUCCUUAGUCUUAAGUCUAAUCUGUUCAAAGGCUUGCUGAGGUGAAACAUGCCAUUCUCUCUGCUGUAAUGGAGCUAAUCAAUGUCUCGUGACGGAUCAUUAAAAGGCUUUUCAAACGCUGAAAACCCUGGUGGAUCUCUCUACUUUUUAAAAUGUACUAUUUCUAUUUGAGCUGCUUUAUCAGGACACUUAUCUCCUGUGUUUGAUGUGUGCUCUGGUCCAUUGUACUUCAAGUCUUUUUGCGCAGUAUGUUUUUGUGACGUCUGAGGUUGCGUCACAUCAAGUUGUGUGAGUAAACUGUGCUCGACCGCUAAUACCUCCCCAUAUGUGUCAAGAGAAACAUCUAGAGCUCUCAUUGCUCUCUAUUGCAAAGACACACAGGAAUGAGUGCAGAGUUAGCGUGUGAAAUGUUUCUGUUAGCUUUGUAAGAUACAGUAGAUCCUGGUAGAUCUCAGUAGGUUGUGUUUUUGCUGAUCACAUGAUCUCCUUUAGGGUCACAGGAAAGCACUUUAAUGCAAACACGUGUGUUGAUAGUUCCUCACAACUUGAAUUUCACUCGUUGUAAUGAAAUUGUGAAGGUUGGAUGAGGUUCUUCUUGUAAAUGUUGUAUUUUAGAUUGUCUGCGAAUGUGUUUGAAGAUGUCAGUGCACUCCAUGUGGCGUCAGGAUGACUGUGAACGUCGUAUGCAUCUGUGAAUAUAUAUAUAUAUAUAUUCCGCCAAACUAUUUAAAGAAAAUUAUGUAUUUAAGUUAUCUCUGUAUGUUAAUAUCUGUAUGUCACCAAAGACUAUUUAUCUCAUCUUUUCCACUGUUCCUUAAACAUGAUCAUAUGGCAGAAAAGGAAAACAGUCUGAACUGUAGUUAAAAUGUUACUGUUUGACAAUGUCCUUCACUCUGUAAA